GUUAAUAAAAUCAGACUAUCCAAGAAAGUCGCAGAGAAUUACAAACGUCAUUCUCUAAAACACGUUCCUCACAAGUUGACAAAAUGAUUCAGCUGGUGGCACUGGCUGCAUUUUCUACCCUCUUCUGGGUUUACCAUUCGGCCCAUGGCGGUUUAAUUGUUUCUACAGAGUUUGGCUACGUUCAAGGCGGUAUUCGAAGGACGUGGAAUAACAGAACGUUCAGCAGUUUCACUGGGAUCCCAUAUGCGAAACCACCAAUCGGCGAUUUGCGUUUUAAGCCACCCGUUUCGGUGGACCCUUGGCGCGAUGUAUACCAAGCGACCGGUUCUCACAACGUAUGUCCACAAGCGGAAUUAUUGGCAAAGGGUAUCGUUCCUAUUGGAGACGAAGAUUGCCUUUUUCUCAACGUAUACACCCCAAAGACACGCGAGAGCCCAUUUAACACCGAAGUCUAUCCGGUCCUUGUUUUUCUGCAUGGAGGUUCGUUUUCAAUAGGAAGCGCUCGAGAAGAUUGGAUCGGUCCAGAAAUCUUAUUGGACAAAGAUGUGGUGCUUGUGACAGUGAACUACAGAUUAGGCGCUCUUGGAUUUUUGAGCUUUCAGGAUCCGGUAAUUUCGGGGAACAACGGUCUAAAAGAUCAAGCUCUCGCUAUCAGAUGGGUUUUUAGAAAUAUUCACAACUUCGGAGGAGAUCCCAAUAAAUUAACGUUAUUUGGAAACUCAGCCGGAGGUGUUGCCACUCAUUUGCACACCAUGUCGCCUUUAUCGAAGCAUUUUCUUAAUUCGGCAAUAAUUCAAAGUGGGAACGGACUGUUCUUGCCAAUACUGAGCUCAACAUACCACCCAAUUUUCUACGCAAAUAUCUUGGCCGAUUGUGUGAAUUGUCCGCAUAGUUCGAGUAAGAACUUUCUAAAGUGUAUAAGGACUGUUCACGCUUACACAAUAAUAAAUUGUAAUUCGAAAUUUGAAAACCUUACAGCGAUACCCUUCCGACCGAUAGUUGAAAUAACUAGGCAUGGGGCUUUCCUAACUGAUUCACCCGAUUAUCUAAUACGCAGUCGAGCUGUUAGAAGCAUUCCUAUUAUGACAGGUGUGGUGACGGACGAAGCUGGAUAUCAAGCUGCAGAUAUAAUGUAUCACUCUUCCAAACUAAAUUUGCUAAACCAACAUUUUAACCAUUUUGUUGUCCAUUUGUUUAACAUACGACAUCCCUUUGACACCUGGUUGCGCUCUUUUUAUUUCAACAACAAGACCAUCGACCAAACCAACCGUUUCCAGCUUUCAAAAAUGUUGAGCGAUGGGUUUUUCUAUAGAGUCAACGAAGAGAUGAUACGCCUAUACCAACCCCGACUCGAUAAUCCCACAUUUCAGUACCUGUUCGGCUAUCGCGGAUCUGAAAGUUAUGGGAAUCUCUUUGUACCUAAUUACGACUUCGGUGUAACACAUACGGACGAGCUCUUUUAUCUGCUGCCACGCAAGAACUUAUUCCCAAACUACGUCCCAUCCGAAAGUGACAGGAAAGUUAGCGAACUUUUGUCGACGUUCUGGGUUAAUUUCGCAAAAACUGACCAUCCAACGCCGUACGGAGAUCGAACCCUUUCGAUAAGAUGGAAUGGGGUUAGCUCCCAGAAUUGUGAAUAUCUGGAAAUUUUAGGACACGAUCAGCUUCAAAUGAAAGACCGAAUGUUUUUUGAUAGAACUGCCAUGUGGCGAAACAUGUAUCAACUAGGUUUUUCUUAAGUGCGAAAUUGUAAUUUUGUGGGUCAGCGUUUUUCAAAACUAUUUUCGUUAAUAUAAUUUAUAGUAACCCUU